GCCACAAUCCUCUGCAUGCUUACGGCGUGCAACCUUGAGUUUCCACCAGCCAAUCGGCUAACCGUGGAAAGCAAGUUGCCAGAGGGCUGAGUGGAGCUUGGCUGUGUACGUGGCAUCAAUGAGGAAAGGAGUGUGGUAAAUUGAAAGAUGUUGCGAGAUUUGCUUGGACGUGCUGGUGCAGCUCGGUCAGUAGGGAUAAACACAUUUGAGAAACAUGGAAACGACUUGUCUCUUUUUGGGCGGAAAGAGAGAAAUACAGGAAUCAAAAAGACAUCGGCUCACAGUGGCGAGGCCUGUUCUACGACUUACGGAAGGGUGUUUGAGGGUUAUCCUAGGGCAUGGGAGCCUGCACCCAUACAGUUAUGGCAUUCAUCGGCGUUUUGGUCUUGUAUAUUAUAUCGACAUUUGGCGCAUGCACACACAACCGGACGGACACAUCACGAUGCAUCAGCGGGGUACAUGGGGUUCAGCAGCGGCUAAGGCUGGGGCGAUGAUCGUUACAUCUAUAUUUUCUUAUAAACAAAAAAACAUCCUUGGGAGAUACCAUGAAGGGGUUAACUGGACUGGCUGUUGGACAGGACGGAUAGAUGGAUACGCUACUUCUUCUUGUUUAUUUUUUCUCUUUUCCUCUUCUUCUUAUUUCUUUACUGUUUUUUUUUUUUUGUCAAAUGGGUUACGAAAUCCUACUGGUUCUUUAUUUUUUAUUUCUUUUGUCAUUUGGCUUAUCAUCUUUUAGAGCCACGUUAUAUGGGAUACUAUAAACUUCCGAUAGAGGAACCAUGAGGUUAUGAAAUUAGAUAGUGUUGGGGAUUAUUAUAGCACGUAAAUUUCACGUUAUGUUUUGUUCUUAUCA